AUGGUAUCAGACAAAAGCAAGAUGUCGGCCUUCCCAGUCAACGUUGGGCUGCCGAUUCCUACUAUCGUCUACGUUUAUUUGGCGGUGGCGGUUUAUGACGUUUUGAUCGACCCGCUGGUGCAGUUGUAUCAAGGAUGCCGGAGAUGUGUUGAGGGGUUGGAGAGGGUCAAGUUGGUUCAUGAGGAGUCGGGGCCUGCGAGGGAGGUGGGUGAGGUGAGAAUGCGCGUUGGCGGGGAGUUUGCUGAUGUGCCUAAGAGCCUGGAGACGAUGCAGGGUGAAUUGUAG